GCUACUCCGUAUAUCUUAUAAAUAUGUGAUUAAGUUAUUUCUAUUUUGUCUAUUCAAAUAAAUACCAAUCACACAAUUUAUUUCAAUUAUUUAUGUAAAAUUCAUAUUCCCCUUCCACUCUCUAGCCUUCAUACUUCUUCUUACAACUUUAUCAUUUUCUAGAUUAAGAGCCCAUUUGGUAAUAUGAAAAUCGGCUGUUUUGACUGAUUCUGCUGAAAUUUAUGAAGUUCUGCCUGAAAUGGUCGCAUUGGCUAAUUCUGCUGAUUUAAGAAAAAAAUAUUUUUAAAAUUUAUUUUAUUAAUAAAACAAAGAAAAAAUUAUAUGUAAAAAUAGUUAAAAUGGUCAUCUACAGUAACUUCCGCCAAUAAAGCCAAAAAAGUAACUCUAAGCUUACUUUUAAAGCUUAUUACACAAUUCAGCUGAUAAGCUCAUAUUCAGUGUUGCUCUCCAUGGAAAGCUGUCAAUGCUACUUUCUGAAGCAAAGGAAAUGAAACACGACGAGAAAUAGAUAACUGGUGGAUUCAGUUUUUUUAUCCUUUGCGCAAUGUAAAAAUCUUCCAAACUAAGCUGGCUGCUGGCUUGUUGUAAUAAAUAAAUAAGGUUAUGCCAUGAUCUGUAUGAAUAUGUAUAAUAAUUCACCAAUUUCGGAGGCGGCAAGGAGGUUGGCGAAAACGAGGAAUGGUCCAUUCACUGAAAAAUAGCGAAAAAUAAAAAACGGAUCCUGAGGAUUUCCUGUCCAUUGUCCUCCUCUCGUUCUCUACCUUCUACUGGGUAUAAAUAUAUUCGCAGACAUGAUUGGCUGGAAAGAAAGGGAUUGGAUCCGGAGCAUCAUCAGACCCAUUAACCCGUUUUUUCUCCCUCCUGCCGGUUAUCUUGCGAUUUCCAGAGAGAGGGAGACCAGCUGCCUCUGUUAUUUACAUACAAUUGGUAAAAAGAAUUGGCUGUCUGUAUGUUUGAUAUAUAUAAUGCUAUACUCUGGGCUUUUGCCUUUUGCAUUGGAUUUUGGAACAUUUUUCUUGUCCACUUUUCUAUUAAAGUCUCUUUCUUUUUUAGGAUUUCACUAUUUCAGAGUUUAAUGUUGUUUUGAGAUGAAUAAUGUUGAUGUCUUUGUGUUUGAGUAGAAUAAUAUUGAUGCUCUCUUGAUUUCUGCUGUCAAAGUUAAUCCCUUUCUUAUUGUGUUGAAUGCCUUUUGUCACUUGUGAUUUCCAAGCUUAAUAUUUGCUUGCUAGUUGCUAAGUAGUUGGACUCAUUAUUUGAGAUGUUCUUCUUUCACUUUCAUUUAAAUUACUCCUUACGCAAAUGCGACAUGUCCUCAACCUUAAUGUGAACACACAACAACGUACACAUGCUUCUGUUAGUUAGAUUGUUUGUGUGCUAGCUUGAUGUUAACAUCAUAUGUCCUCAGUCCUCACUAAUCUUCAUACCAAACAGCUUAUUCUUUCCCAAUUGUAUGCUAAUCAGCUUCUAGGAACCCAUUUUAAGCCAUUUCUUGACGAUAUGAUUUUUGUUUGAUUCCGGAACAGUUGAUAUUGAUGUUUUCACGUUUUACAUUUCUAAUCUGCAAGCCUGGUAGUUCAUGAUAAGGAAUACUGAUUUUUCUUACCUAAACAAACUAACAUUAAUAAUAAAACAAGACAAUAAAAAUUGAUACAUUCCCCCAACCUGGCAGGAUGUAAAACUUCUAGCGGCACGGGUGAAGAGUUGGAACUCGCAUGAGGACAAUAUCUGUUUGUAAGCUGAGUAGGAGGAAUAAUGGGUGCCUGUGGUUCGAAAGCAUCCCGUCAGAUAAUCCAGGUGAGGAAGAAAAACCUCCGCCGCCGUGGCCGCCACAAGAGACACCGUGCUAUUACAGAAGGAAAAAGGAAAAAGAAUGGAGAUGGAGGAGGGGGUAGUAGAGUGAAAGAUAUUGGUGCGAGUGAGUUUGUUCACACAACUGUAAGAAGCAAACUGUCUGAUGUGUCGCAAUUGCACCAUAGCAGCCACAUUGAUACUAACGUAUUUUUUCAAGAAGAAGCAUGGUUCGAUACAGUCAGCAUUUUGGAUCAUGACUCAGAUGAUGAUGACUUCUGUAGUGUUCAUGGAGAUUGUCUUCCUUAUGCGCCGGGUGGACAUGUCAUUCAGUGUGAGACUUCGUCUUGCUUUGUAGAUAGCAAAUAUUCAGGUCUUUACUCUCAAGCAACAAAAUCUGCUAUCAUUAGGCUAUCCUUAGAGAGAACAUCUGUUGAUGAAAAUGCAGCAGAGGAUUUUUGUAGAUCAAAAACAUAUCUUUACCGGCCCAGAGCAGGACUCACAGUUGCAUGUUGUAUAGACAAAAAGCCAACUUCAGGAACUUGGUCUAUUACCGACCCCUCUACUUUCAAGCUCCGUGGUGAUACUUAUUUUAAAGACAGGAAGAAGUCUCCUGCUCCAAAUUUGUGUCCUUAUACUCCCAUUGGAGUUGAUUUAUUUGUAUGCCCAAGAAAGAUUAAACACAUUGCACAGCACCUUGAGCUUCCUUCUGUCAAGGCAGAUGGGAAGCUACCCCCACUUCUCAUAGUUAACAUUCAGAUGCCCAUUUAUACUGCUCAUAUGUUCCAUGGAGAAAGUGAUGGGAAAGGACUGAGCCUUGUAUUGUAUUUCAAACUCUCUGAAACUUAUGAGAAAGAUAUCUCUCCCCAGUUUCAGGACAGCAUCAAGAGAUUUGUAGAAGAUGAUAUGGAAACGGUUAAAGGAUUUGCAAAGGAGUCAAGAGUUCCUUUCAGAGAAAGGUUAAAGAUUAUGGUUGGGGUGGUGAAUCCAUGUGAUCUUGUGUCGACGUCAACUGAAAGGAAACUCUUAAAUGCAUACAAUGAAAAGCCGGUGCUUUCUCGUCCACAACAUGACUUUUAUCAGGGCCCAAAUUACUUUGAGAUUGAUCUUGACAUUCACCGCUUCAGCUAUAUAGCAAGAAAGGGACUUGAUGCUUUUAGAGAACGUCUGAGAGAGGGAAUUCUGGAUCUUGGUUUGACAAUUCAGGCACAGAAGCCAGAGGAGUUGCCCGAGGAAGUCCUUUGCUGUCUCAGGCUAAACAAGAUUGAUUUUGUUGACCACGGCCAAAUCCCAACUCUAGGAAAGGGGAUGGAUGACCCUUUCCUAGAGUAGAGCAUCCAUUGCAAGUUGUUUAGCCUACAGCAGUAUAUAUUGCAUGCUGGGAAUGAAUAUACUCCAUCUAGGCACAAAUUGAAAUUCCCACUUUGACUCUUGUAGUCAAAUUUUGUUAACACAUUGACCGCUAACUAUUCAAAAUAUAUUAAAUUAUAAUAAAACGGUCAAAGAUCCGGAUCGAAAACUGUGAAAGUCAAUGUGACAACUUGAUUUUGGGAUGCAUGAAGUAAUAAAAGGGAUGAAAUGUCAGCUUUCUACAUAUAAGCACUGCCACUGUAUACGUUGUGCCAAAUAGUACUCUAAAUCUGUACAAGACAUCCUUCCCUACCCUUAUGAACACUGGUAUAAGAAGUUGUGUUCUUAGGUUAACAGAUAGUGAGUACUCUAAGUUCUUUGUUUUGAGUUGACAAAAAAGGGAAAAAAUUAUGUGUACUGAUUUACAGCACUUGCAAUGAAAGUUCUUUUUAUAACAUGGAAUCAUCA